CGGUCUUUUUGGAGUCGAACCCAAGACUCUCCCGCGCAGUUGAGAGGCGAGAGAGGAAAGGGCUCCGCGGCGCAUGCGCAGUGAGGCCAAAGGCAGGCAAGGAAGCAGGCGGGGAAGAGGAGGAGGAAGAGGAGGCGAAGAAGGAGAAGAUCGGAGACCUUGGUUUCUUGUCUCUCUCUUUUCCUCCUCCCUCCCUCCCUCCCUCCCUGUUUGGCGAGGGAGACUCCGGUGGGCCGGGGCGGGGAGGGGUCCUUGCAAGGAGCGGCCGCCUUCCCUUCGCUGAAGCGCCCUCCCUUCCUUCCUUCCGUCCCCGCCCGCGACUGAGGAGUCCAUUGGCUACAAAAUGGCGGACGGGGAGCUGAAUGUGGAUAGUCUCAUCACCAGGCUGCUGGAAGUCCGAGGAUGUCGUCCUGGCAAGAUUGUGCAAAUGACAGAAGCCGAGGUUCGAGGAUUGUGUAUAAAGUCUCGAGAAAUCUUUCUUAGUCAGCCCAUUCUUCUGGAGCUAGAGGCACCACUGAAGAUUUGCGGUGACAUUCAUGGCCAGUAUACAGAUUUACUUCGAUUGUUUGAGUAUGGAGGGUUUCCACCUGAAGCCAACUAUCUUUUUCUGGGCGAUUAUGUGGACAGAGGAAAACAGUCAUUGGAAACCAUCUGCUUACUACUUGCCUAUAAAAUAAAAUAUCCAGAGAAUUUUUUUCUCCUGAGAGGAAAUCACGAGUGUGCUAGUAUUAAUCGUAUAUAUGGAUUCUAUGAUGAAUGUAAACGGCGAUUUAAUAUCAAGCUCUGGAAGACAUUUACAGACUGCUUUAAUUGCCUGCCUAUUGCAGCCAUUGUAGAUGAGAAGAUUUUCUGUUGUCAUGGUGGAUUGUCACCAGAUCUGCAAUCAAUGGAACAGAUCAGAAGAAUCAUGAGACCCACAGAUGUUCCAGACACAGGCUUGCUCUGUGACCUGCUAUGGUCUGAUCCAGAUAAAGAUGUGCAAGGUUGGGGUGAAAACGACCGUGGGGUUUCUUUCACUUUUGGAGCUGAUGUAGUCAGCAAAUUCCUGAACAGGCAUGAUUUGGAUUUGAUUUGUCGAGCUCACCAGGUGGUUGAAGAUGGCUAUGAGUUUUUUGCAAAACGACAACUGGUUACUCUGUUUUCGGCUCCUAAUUACUGUGGAGAGUUUGAUAAUGCUGGUGGUAUGAUGAGUGUGGAUGAAACUUUGAUGUGCUCUUUUCAGAUUUUGAAGCCAUCUGAAAAGAAAGCAAAGUACCAGUAUGGUGGACUGAAUUCUGGGCGUCCGGUCACUCCACCUCGCACAGCUAAUCCACCGAAGAAGAGGUGAAGAAAGGAACAAAGUAGAAAAAACCCCAUCAGAUCUAUUAAGGACAAAACUCCAUAUAUACAGUAUAUAAUAAGUGUGCACUGUAAAACCAUCCAGCCAUUUGACACCCUUUAUGAUGUCACAUCUUUAACUUAAAGAGACGGGUAAAGGAUCUUUAAUAUUUUCUAGUUGACAGAUGUGCAACACUGUAUUGUAACAAGUAUACUCCAAGUUCUAUUAACCAACCUAGAGUAAAAUCAGAUCUAAACAAAUUCUUUUGGUUUCAUAUUCACAUCCGUUUUAAAGUUGACCAACAUCCCAAUUUAAGCUUGAUGUAAUAGCUAAAUCAGAUGAGAGCAUGAUGUUUCAUUUGUGUAAUGUGGUCUUACUGUUGCUUGAUUGCUUUGAUUUCUAUUAUUUUGUAGCUAGAAUGAUGGCAAAGUACCUAGUCAUGUUCCUUGGCUGAGAAUGAAUUGUGGAGGAGAUUUGGGGGCAGCUGUUUUCCUUUUUGGAGUACUAAAGAUAAACGUUGCUCAAGCUACUGACUGGUAGUGCUCCUUAUCCAAAUAGCAGACAAUUUCCUGCUCUUUAUCUUAGACCACAGAAUGGAUUUGUGCACUUCACUGUUUUAAACUGACAUUACUCUCACAAUUGCACUUCAUUUAACUAAAAUAGGGCAGGAAUGGGUAUUGCUUAGUAGUUGGUAAUUUGAUCACGUGGUACCCUUGCUUAAGAAUUUAUUAGCAUGAAACACCUUUUGGCAUGCUUAGCUUCCUGAUAAUGCCAUACUUACAUUCAAACGCAUUUUACAUCACUCAUCAAACAUGAAAAUCCCUCUCUGACGAGCCUUGAAAAGCUAUCUCUGUUCCUCCCCCCUCCCCCCUUUACUCCAACGGGGUGUUUUUAAAUGGAUAUUGAUAAAUGAGCAAUAGCUUAACUAUGGCUAGUGCUGGAUGGAUUGUUUAACAUUGCCAUGUGAAUGUUCAAUAUGAUUGUAAGGCCUAUGUCACUAAAGAUUAUAUCCUUUGGAUUUUCAUGAUCAAAGUUCAUAUGCUAUUGUAGAGACUUCAGCUUUGUAGUGUAAUAUAGUAGCAAUAAUUUCUGUACAUGAUCGCAAGUUGAUGCAGCUUUCUUUUCCAUUUUCCUUUCUUAAACAAUUCGUACAUGCAAAUGACAGUGUUCAGAUAUGUGAAAGGCAGAGACUUAAUUGGAUAAAAGUACAGGUUUUUUAUUAAACAUUGUCAAAUUUAUAAGAUCCUUUACAUGGGAGGCUUCCAAUUUAUAGCAAUGUGAAAUCAUACAUGUAAAACUCUUUAAUAUCAUCUUUGCAAAUAUUAAAAUGAGAUUCUAAUAACUUGCAUUUUAUGAAGUUACACAUAUUAUGCAAGUGACUUUUGACAAAGUGAGAAUUUCUUUAAAAUGGCUUUUAAGUCUCUUUUCUAACUCCAUUUUGUUUUAAACACAUAUUAAAUGUAGGUUUUUUCAUUUAGUAAAGUUGUUUAAUUGA